CAUUGACUUCAUUCGUUUCCAAUCAAUCGUUUAAAAAUGUUCUUUGCUUUAUUUAAAACUACAAUUUUAAUUUUGGUGGCUGCGCAAGUUACUCAUGCAGUGGUUUACGAUAAAUGGCAUGGCAUGGAGGAAUUUGGUAAAAUUUUUAUAGAAGAAGAACAAAAGUACAAUUGGUUUGAGGCGUGGAACGAAUGUGCCAUAAGAAAUAUGACCUUAAUUGCCGUGGACACAGUGGAGAAAAAUGCCGCAUUGGAUGGCAUACUACGAAAAAAAUUUGCUAAAUGUCCCAAUUUAUGGAUUGGCGGCAAUGAUCUUGGCGAAGAGGGCAAAUUCAUUUGGACUCCAACAGGCAAACGUUUUGAAUUCUCCAAUUGGCAAAAGGGACAACCGGAUAACUACAAAAGCAAUAACCACUGUGUCCACUACUAUAACAUUGCAGAUUUUGAGUGGAACGAUGCCCCAUGUUCUUCGAAAAUUGGUUUCAUCUGUGAAGAGAAUCAUUUCUUGAGGUUGGCUCGAAGAGAUCUGGAUAUUAAGAAAAAUUUUAUAGAUCAAUUGUUUGCACUGUAAAAUACUUAUAAAUAUAUAAAAAAAAUU